AUGCAUCCCAUCCUUCGGACAACCGCCGUUCUAGCACUAUGGACUUCUCAGGCCACCGCCUCACAAAACAACACAGCCCCAUGGCCGACGUGCAUCAAAUACUCAACCGUGACAGGAUACUUCCUUCAGGACGAGCCUGACACGAACGCCACCACAUUCGACUAUACCGAGCACGACUUCGGCUUGAUCAAACGCAACUAUCCCGCCACCGCAGGUCUGCACCAACUCACCCAAUGGCAGAAGUUCGAACGUCAGGUAGAAGCACUCAACGCCGAUGCACCCCUAGACACCGUCUACAAGGUGUUGUUCUUGGGAAGACAUGGUGAAGGCUAUCACAACGCCGCUGAGAGCUUCUACGGCACACCCGCCUGGAACUGCUACUGGGCCGAGCUCAACGGCAACAAGACAGUCCGCUGGGCAGAUGCCCAUAUCGACGCAGCCGGCAUCGAACAAGCACAAAUUGCCCACAACUUCUGGAAGCACGAAAUCGAGGACCAGAAAAUCCCCUACCCGCAGUCAUAUUACACAUCUCCAUUAAGUCGAUGCUUGCAAACGGCCAACAUCACCUUCUCUGGUCUCGACUUACCAGCCUACUACCCCUUCGUACCCACAGUGAAGGAGCUACUCAGAGAGGGCAUCUCGAUCCACACCUGCGACCACCGGAGAAGCAAGUCUUACAUCCAGGAGCACUUCCCGUUCUACAACAUCGAAGCUGGCUUUACCGAGGACGAUGAGCUAUGGGAUGGUGUAAGGAAAGAGACGCCUGACGCUCAAGACGCUCGCUCGAAGAAGUGGCUAGAUCAAGUCUUCGUUACUGACGAUCACACCUGGAUUUCGGUCACCUCCCACAGCGGAGAGAUCGCAUCGACCUUGCGAGUACUCCGCCACCAGGAGUUCUCCUUGAACACCGGAGCUGUCAUCCCCGUUCUCGUCAAAGCGGAGUUCUUGCCGGAGAGCGAAGCACCAUCGACAACGUCUUGGAGUUGGACUGCUAGCUCGCAUUGCACGUCACCUCCCAUGACGAGCCUGCAGUCAAAGGAUCAAGGGUGCAGAUGCACUGGCUCAAAGGUCACUACGCCGUUGGUCAAGGUCACGAACACGAAUACUGCUGGUCCGACUACUUAUCGUGGGCCGUAUCGACGGGCGUUGUAG